AUGCUUGCCAUUUUUAUUUUUGUUGUUCAAACCCAUGCAAUAAUUCUGCAAAACGUUUAUCCGACUUAUCAGCAAGCUCUAAUGAGCAACGCAGUUGUCGGAGAAGUGCAACAACAAUGGAAUGAGGAGCUUCCUGAUAACUUUGCAACAUUUGAAAAACCUCCAGUCUCUAUUCUCAGUGGUUAUAUUCCUGACUUCAUUAUCAAGAAAUGGGCUGAAUAUUUAUUCACCCUUCUCAACGGUACAGGAGACGUUGUGAAGCCGAAGAAUCGACGAAAAUUUGCGCAAAAGCAAUCGGAUAUUAAUAAUGAAGAAAAUCAGCAACAGAAACUUUCGUUUACAAUGAAGCCUGAGGGAUCAGAAACAAAUCCUUCCACAUUUCCGACAAUGAACGUCAUUCAAGAAGCGUCAAUAGUUUCUUCAUUGAAUGAUGUUCGCAUGGCACCAAAAAGAAAGUGGGGAAUUUCGAGAAUGCGAUUUAACGAUAUCAACAGUGAACGAAGAUUUUUCGGAAAAGUUUAA